UUCAUCUUUCACCAAGAUUUCAUCUCAUUUUUAGUAUCUUUCCUCUUUUUGUUUGUUUUCAUGAACAAAACGAUGAUCUUUUUCUUUUAGUCAUUCAAUCCAAGGUACUUUAAUGGAUAACAUGCCAAAUACAAUCUUUCUGUUUAUACUACUCAGUUCUUUCCUAAAUGCUUCACAUGGAGCUACUUCAAAUGAUUCCUUUUGGUUGCUCAAAAUUCAAUCACAAUUCAUCUAUUCGAUGGGAGUCUUUAGCAAUUGGUCUCCUAAAUCAAACAUGUGCACAUGGAAUGGCUUGCAAUGUUCAAAAGAUCAAACAAGUAUCAUUGGUUUAAAUCUUUCUAACUCGGGUCUGUCAGGAACAAUAUCUCCUGACUUCUCACGGCUGGUUUCACUUCAAAGACUCGAUCUUUCUAUGAAUUCACUCACGGGUGUUAUCCCUCCCGAGAUUGGGAAGCUUCAAGACCUUCAAGAACUCCUUUUGUUCUCAAAUUAUCUCUCAGGUAACAUUCCUUUAGAGUUCCGUCUCUUGAAGAAAUUACAAGUUCUUCGAGUAGGAGAUAAUUUGUUAACAGGAGAAAUUAUCAAUAGUAUUGGUGAGCUAACCGAGUUAAGAGUGUUAGCACUUGCUUUCUGCCAAUUUAAUGGAAGCAUUCCAUCUGAAAUUGGCAAAUUAAAGCAACUAAAAUCUUUCCACUUACAAAGCAACAAUCUUGGAGGAACUAUUCCACAAGAGAUCAGUGAAUGUCAACAACUACAAGAAUUUGCAGCAUCAAACAACCGGCUUGAAGGUGACAUUCCUGCUUCACUAGGGCAACUUCAGUUCCUUGAAAUCUUGAAUUUGGCGAAUAAUUCCCUCUCGGGCUCCAUUCCAUCCGAGUUAUCCGGGAUUUCCAGCCUGAUAUACUUAAAUCUGCUUGGGAAUCAGUUGACAGGUGAAAUCCCAUUGAAUUUAGCCCGACAUCCCAAACUCCAGAAUCUUGAUCUUUCAAGAAACAAUCUUUCCGGAAACAUAACCCUUCUCGAUUUCCAAUCAAACAAUAACCUUGAAGCUUUAGUUUUGUCGGGUAAUACUUUCACCGGCUUUCCCAAUAAACUUUGCUCUAGAAACUCAAGUUUGCGCUAUGUUUUCUUCUCAGGAAACAAUCUCUCUGGCAACUUUCCUUUGAGUUUGCUAAGCUGUCCUUCAAUUGAAAUAUUAGAAAUUUCUGGUAAUAACUUUGAGAACGAAAUACCAUCUAGGAUCGAUAAUCUGAAGAAUCUCACCGAUCUUUUGUUAAACAACAACAGUUUUUCAGGGCCGCUGCCUCCUGAAAUUGGGAACCUGAGUAACUUGGUGAGCCUUUAUUUGCAUGACAAUAUGAUUACAGGUGAAAUUCCCAAAGAAAUCGGAAAGCUGCAGAAGUUAAGUUUCCUGUAUAUGUACGAUACUCAGUUGUCGGGAAAGAUACCAGACGAUUUAAUGAACUGUUCCAGUUUAAGCGAUAUUGAUUUUUUCGGUAACCAUUUUACUGGCCCAAUUCCUGAAACUAUAGGGAAGCUCAAGAAUCUAGUUUUUCUUCAGCUGAGGCAAAAUGAUCUGUCAGGCCCUAUUCCAUUAAGUUUGGGAUACUGCAAAAAGCUUAAAACGCUAUCUUUAGGCGAUAAUGAGCUAACAGGAUCAAUCCCAGAAACAUUUGGAUAUCUCACCGAGCUUUCGCUUCUUAGCCUAUACAAUAACUCAUUCUCAGGCCCUCUUCCAGAGUCUUUAUUUCUCCUGAAAAAUCUCACAAUUAUUAAUGUUUCUCAUAACAAAUUCUAUGGUUCAAUUCAUCCUGUUUCGGGCUCAAAUUUGUUGUCUAUAUUGGAUCUAACAAAUAACAGCUUCUCUGGUCGUAUCCCUUCUGAAGUAGCCAUGUCCAAGAAUCUAAUGCGCAUACGGCUUGCUAAUAAUCAUCUAAAUGGCACCAUUCCUUCCCAAUUUGGCCAACUAAGUGAUCUCAACUUUCUUGAUCUUUCAUCUAAUUACUUCACAGGAGACCUACCAUUGGAACUCUCAAACUGCAAAAAGAUGAGCCAUUUUUUGGUCAGCAACAACCAGCUUUCUGGCAUUGUUCCGUCAUGGUUAGGAACGAUGAAUGAACUUGGGGAGCUCGAUCUUUCCCUCAACAAUUUCAAUGGAACAUUGCCAAAAGCACUCGGUAACUGUUCAAGAUUACUCAAGCUUUCUGUCAACCAAAACAGGCUUUCAGGUUUAAUCCCAGAAGAGAUUGGGAAUCUAAACGGUCUAAACGUAUUAAAACUUCAAAGAAACAAUCUCUCCGGGACAAUCCCUUCAACACUUGGUGGAUGUCAGAAACUGUUUGAGUUACGCCUGUCAGAAAACUCAUUAACAGGCCCAAUCCCACCCGAACUAGGAACUCUGACCGAACUACAAGUAAUUCUUGACUUAAGCAGGAACCAUCUCAUUGGUGAAAUCCCAGUUUCUCUCGCGAAUCUUGUAAAGUUAGAAAGAUUAAAUCUUUCAUUCAACGAACUUCAUGGGCGAAUACCAGAAUCACUGGGAAGACUAACAAGUCUCCAUAAACUCAAUCUCACAGGUAAUCACUUCCAAGGCGAAAUCCCAUCAACAUUUUCAAGAUUUCCAUCUACUUGUUUUACAUUCAACGACAAGUUAUGCGGUCCACCUUUACAAUCAUGUUCGGAACCAAACCAAGAAAACGGAAAACAUCUUUCAAACACGGCGGCUGCUGGGAUUGUGGUAGCGAUUGUGUUCAGUGCAACGGUGAUAUGUUUAUACAUGUUGUAUAUAAUGCUGAGGAUAUGGUGUAGAUGGAAACAAGCUUCGAUAUCAAAUGCAGAGAACGGUAAUGGUGGUGGUGGUGGGGAUGGAGUGGGGAAAGAUGAGAAAUGGGGUAGUUAUGGAGAUAGAGUGAUUAAGAGUGAUGAGUAUUGGGAUUUGAAUAAGAUGACACUGUUGCAAUGUGAGCAUUCUAAGAAGGAUGUUUCCAUGACGAGUUGUAUUUUUCAUCAUAGUAGCAGUAUGAGUAGAGAAAAUUCUAUGAGAGCUUUAGUUUAGGUUGUUUUUUGGUUUGGUUUGGUUAUGAUAUAAUAUUUGUAUGGGCAUUAUUUGAAUAUACAUGUGAAAUAUUGUGUAGAAGAGAGGAAGAGAUUCAUGGUGUGAUUCAGUAGGUUUUGUUAAAAGUGGUGGUGUAUCUUAUUUGAGCCUGUUGGAGAUGUCACAAAUUCAAUCAAACUUGUGUUUUUGUUA